AUUAAAAAACUAACCAAGAAAACAAACACAUAACAUAACAUGUAAUCCAUUAUAUAGAUGAAUGUAGUAACACCAGAGAAUGUUCUUCAAAUCAUGAUUUCAAUUUCCAUUCUCUGAAUUAAUUAAAAAUAAUUUUUUUUUUCAGGUCGGGGUUAGCAAUAGUGUAAUAUAGCAAUCUUAGUGACGAAGAAAAGUGUGGGUGUAUAAAAGGGGAGACAACCAUUACUUUAAAUACAAACUUGAAUAAGGCAUUUCUUUUUGAUAUUAUUUAAUUCAAUUCAAUAUUUCAAACAUGUCUAAAACAACUAAAUAUAUUCUUGGAGGUUUGACCCUUGUUGGUGCCUCACUUUAUGUUUAUGAACAACAAGUAAAUCAAGUUGCUCUUAAACGGAAGGAACAACACCAAGGUGUUUUAUCAUCAUUUGGUUCUAAUUCUAAAGAUCAAACUGAUCUUAGAGCUGUUGGUGCUGAAAAGGGUUAUAAGAUUGGUGAAUCUUUGGAAAACUUGAAGCAAAAGGCUAACAAGCAAGCUGAAUCUUAUGAUAUUCCAGAAAGAGUUAACUCUACUUUAUCAACCAUUGAACAAAAACGUUCUGAAUUGGCUGCUGCUGUAGCUGAAAAGGCUGAAGAUGUAUCCAAGUUUGCCGCUGAACAUGCCGACAAACACGAUUCUCAAAGCCAAUACUUGCAUGAUGAAGCUCAUAAGAAUGAUCCAGGUUUCUUCAAGAAGUUGCUUAACAAGACUUCUGAUAAGGUUGAUGAAGCUGAACAUUCCAUUGUUUCUGGUAAGAACCAAUUGGUCCAUGGUGUUGAUCAAUCCUUAGAUGAUGGUAAGAACUUUUUAUUGAAACUUGGUGACAAAUAUAUCGAUGCUGUGAACCAUGCUGGUCUUGGUGCUGAAGGUGCAGUAGCUGAAGCUAAAGACUCUGCCGAUGAAGCUAGUGCUAGAGCCAAGAGCAAGCUUGAUACCAAGGCUCAAGAACUCGAAGCUGAAAAGAACUCUUGGUUUAGAUGGGCUAGCAAUAGAAGGGAGGAAGCCAAGGCUAAAUGUAAGGAAAGAUCUGAAAAGCGUGGAUGGUUUGGUAGAAAAAGCAGUGCUGAUGAAGCCCGUGACACCGCUGCUGCCAACUAUGAGAAGGCCAAGAAGGAUUUGGAUACCCUUAGAGCCAACGCUGUGUCUGGCGGUAAGUCUUGGUUGAGUUGGGGUAAGGCUCAAACUGAAGACUUGAAUGAACAAACCAAGGCUCAAUUGGCUGAAGCUGAAAAGCAAGUUAACCAAUCUUUGGCAGCAUUGAAGGGAUAUGGCCAAGAUUUGAUUGAUUCAAUCGACAAGAAAUUCCCAGCUGAACGUUCUUUGACUGAAGAAGAAUUGGCUCAAAGAUCUUACAACUCUUUACGUGGAUGGGGUGACUCAGCCGCUGACUUUGCUGAAGAUGAAUUAAGAACAAUUGAUUCUUACUCCAGAAAGCACCCACACCAAGCUAACUGGGCCGAUGACGUGUUUAACAAGUCUGAAAAGUUGUCCAAGUAUGCUUACGAAAGAGCUCAACAAAAGUACAAUGAAUUAACUAAGGAAGUGGAAAAGUCUCAAAAGAAGGCUCAAGGAUGGUUCUCCAGUCAAUCCAAGGAAUUGGAAAAGACUCAAGAUGACGUAUCUGCUGAAGUAAACAGACAAUUGGAUGAUGCUAAGGUUCAAUUGGAAAAGGCCAAGUAUAACUUUAGUAAUUGGGCCAGUAAGAGUGGUUCCCAAUUGGCUGAUGCCACUGAAGAUGCCAUUGAUGCCACCAAGAGGGGCUUGAAGGUUGGUCACGAACACGCUCAAAGGGGUUUAAGUCAAACCCAAGAAUGGGUUAAUGAGAAGAAGUAAUUCUUUACUUUUUUAUGAAUAAAAAUAUUAUAACAAUCGGAUAAUCUUUUCA